AUGGCUUUUUCUAAGUUGACUUUCACGGAUGUGGCCAUAGACUUCUCCCAAGACGAAUGGGAAUGGCUGAAUCUUGCUCAAAGGACUUUGUAUAAGAAAGUGAUGCUAGAGAACUAUAGGAACCUGCUUUCAUUGGGUCUUUGCAUUUCUAAACCAGAUGUGAUUGCCUUAUUGGAGCAAGGUAAAGAGCCUUGGAUGAUGAAAGGAGAGAUGACAGGAGGCCUCUGCCCAGACUUGGAAUAUAUUUGGAUGACCAAGGAAUUAUCUCCAAACCAGGGCAUUUAUGAAGAAAAAUUAUCCCAGGCAAUGAUAAUGGAAAGUCUUCCAAGCUGUGACCUUAAAUGUUCCACAUUAGGGGUAAACUGGAAAUGUGAAGACCUGUUUACAAGGGAGCUGAUAAGUCAGAAGACACAUUUUAGUCAAGAGACAGUCACUCAUAUAGACACCCUUACAUUUGCUAAAAAACACAAGCAAGUCUAUGGAGAAAAGAAACUUUUGAAAUGUAAUGACUGUGAGAAAACUUUCAGCAAAAUCUCAACCCUUACUCUUCAUCAAAGAAUUCAUACCGGAGAGAAACCCUAUGAAUGUAUUGAAUGUGGGAAAGCCUUUAGCCAGAGUGCCCACCUUGCUCAACAUCAGAGAAUACAUACCGGAGAAAAACCGUUUGAAUGUACUGAAUGUGGGAAAGCCUUCAGUCAGAAUGCUCAUCUUAUUCAACAUCAGAGAGUUCAUACUGGAGAAAAACCUUAUCAAUGUAAGCAGUGUAAUAAAGCCUUCAGCCAGCUUGCACAUCUUGCUCAACAUCAGAGAGUUCAUACUGGAGAGAAACCCUAUGAAUGUAUUGAAUGUGGGAAGGCUUUUAGUGAUUGUUCAUCCCUAGCUCAUCAUCGAAGGAUUCACACUGGAAAAAGACCAUAUGAAUGUAUUGACUGUGGGAAAGCUUUCAGGCAGAAUGCUUCUCUUAUACGUCAUCGGAGAAUUCAUACUGGAGAGAGACCUUACAAAUGUAAUGUGUGUGGGAAGGCUUUUAGCCAUGGCUCGUCCCUGACUGUACAUCAGAGAAUUCAUACAGGAGAGAAACCUUAUGAGUGUAAUAUCUGUGAGAAAGCCUUUAGCCAUCGUGGCUCACUUACUCUUCAUCAAAGAGUUCAUACUGGAGAGAAACCCUAUGAAUGUAAAGAAUGUGGGAAAGCGUUUCGGCAGAGCACACACCUUGCUCAUCAUCAGAGAAUUCAUACUGGAGAGAAACCUUAUGAAUGUAAGGAAUGCAGCAAAACUUUCAGCCAAAAUGCACACCUUGCACAACAUCAGAAAAUACACACUGGAGAGAAACCUUAUGAAUGUAAGGAAUGUGGUAAGGCCUUCAGCCAAAUUGCACACCUUGUUCAACACCAGAGAGUUCAUACUGGUGAGAAGCCUUAUGAAUGUAUUGAAUGUGGGAAGGCCUUUAGUGAUGGUUCCUAUCUUGUUCAACAUCAGAGACUCCACACUGGCAAAAGACCAUAUGUGUGUCUUGAAUGUGGAAAGGCAUUCAGACAGAGAGCAUCCCUGAUUUGUCACCAGAGAUGUCAUACAGGCGAGAAACCGUAUGAAUGUAAUGUGUGUGGGAAGGCCUUUAGCCAUCGUAAAUCCCUUACUCUACAUCAAAGAAUUCAUACAGGAGAAAAACCUUAUGAGUGUAAGGAAUGUAGCAAAGCCUUCAGCCAGAUUGCCCAUCUUACACUUCAUAAGAGAAUUCAUACUGGAGAAAGGCCCUAUGAAUGUAAAGAAUGUGGGAGAGCCUUCAGGCAGAGUGGAAAUCUUACCCCUCACCAGCGGAUCCACACGGGAGAGAAGCCCUUUGAAUGCGACGUCUGUGGGAAGCACUUCAUUGAGCGGUCAUCCCUCACCAUCCACCGGAGAGUUCACACUGGAGAGAAGCCCUACCGAUGCGGGGACUGCGGCAAGGCCUUCAGCCAGCGCAUGAACCUGAUCGUGCACCAGAGGACGCACACGGGCGAGAAGCCCUACGUGUGCGACGUGUGCGGGAAGGCCUUUCGCAAGACCUCGUCGCUCGCGCAGCACGAGCGGAUCCACACGGGGGAGAAGCCCUAUGCGUGUGGGGACUGCGGCAAGGCCUUCAGCCAGAACAUGCACCUCAUCGUUCACCAGAGGACGCACACCGGCGAGAAGCCCUAUGUGUGUGAUGUGUGUGGCCGCGCCUUCAGCCAGAACAUGCACCUGACCGAGCACCAGAGGACGCACACGGGCGAGAAGCCCUACGCAUGCAAGGAGUGUGGGAAGGCCUUCAACAAGAGCUCGUCCCUCACUCUGCACCAGAGGAACCACACGGGCGAGAAGCCCUACGUAUGCGGCGAGUGCGGCAAGGCCUUCAGCCAGAGCUCCUACCUCAUCCAGCACCAGCGGUUCCACAUCGGCGUGAAGCCCUUUGAGUGUAAUGCUUGUGGGAAGGCCUUCAGCAAGAACUCGUCCCUCACCCAGCACCAGCGGAUCCACACCGGGGAGAAGCCCUACGAGUGCUGCGAGUGCGGGAAGGCCUUCAGCCAGAGCGCGUACCUCAUCGAGCACCAGCGCAUCCACACCGGGGAGAAGCCCUACAAGUGUGGCCAGUGCGGCAAGGCCUUCAUCAAGAACUCUUCGCUCACGGUCCACCAGAGAAUCCACACGGGGGAGAAGCCGUACAAGUGUGGCGAGUGUGGGAAAACCUUCAGCCGGAACACCAACCUCACACGCCAUCUGAGGAUCCACACCUAGGGGCGGCCUGGGGGGGCACGUUGUCCUGGGGCUUUCCUUCAGGGGCCUCAGAGCCCACACCAGGAGGGGUGGGAUCCUUCACACCCGCCAGCAGCACAAGAAGUUCUGACAGGGUCGCCCACGGGUAGCACCAGGGUUAGAGGAGUCCAGCCCCAGAAGACGGGCCUUACGAAUGGGGACUUGUGGACAGGCUCCCUCCCUACGGGGCACCUGCACGUCCACAGUAGAGCAAGUCCCUCCAUGUCUAACGCACUUGGGACCAUGCUCAGGGGCACUGUGGCUGGAAACUCCCAGGAGCUCCAGGAGCCUGGGCAUCAGGGUUCCAGGCCGUGGGAAUGAACUGUAAGAGCUGGGACAAGGUUACUUAGUGUCUCUGGGGCGACACUCAGUAGGAAAAUGCAGGAGGGGGUUGGGGGAGAGGGGGACUCGAUAAGUGAACAUGGGGACAUUUCUGGAUCCUAGAUCUGGUCCAGAUGUUAGGUCUCACCCUCCAUGAAUUCCCUCCUGGGGUGGA